AUGGAGUCUCUUCUGAAGAACCUGCACAUCGGCGAGCACAAGUCUGAGCAAGACCACGCAGCGACCCCACCCCCAACCGCAGCGGUUACUCAGACACAAGCAAAGAAAGACGAGUCGAUCUUCGACAAGCUAGGCGAUGUGCUCUCCGGACGCAAGACACCACCGCCCCCACCUGCCCCUGUUGUCCAGCCAAAGAAGGAGGAGUCCGUGUUCGACAAGAUCGGUGACGCGCUGAGCGGUCGCAAGACCCCUCCUCCACCCGUAGCUCAGCCACAAAAGUCGGACAGCGUCUUCGACAAGAUCGGCGAUGCGCUCAGCGGUAGGAAGACCCCGCCCCCGGCACCCCCCAAGAAGGAUAACUUGCUCGAUAAGAUUGGCGAUGUGUUGGGAGGAAAGAAGGAGGAGCCGGCGAAGCCCCAGGGACUCAUGGAUAAAUUGAAUCACCACCUUGGUGGCGGCGCGAAGGGAGAGGCGGAGGAGGGAAAGCUGGACAAAGCCAUCGACCUCUUCCAGGAGCACGUCCUCAAGGAAGGACCUCAACACAACGAGUCAGCGCUUGAGCAGGCGAAGGAUAAGAAGAUCGCGGACACCAUCCGAAAUACGUUGGGCCUCGAGAAGAAGAAAUAG